CAAGUUUGGUCUCCUAGGAGACCGGCUAGUGCUUGCGUUUUCAACAGCCAUUGGCUGGGGACCUUACGGGCUGGGGCUUAAAGCCAAGAGCGAGAGAAUUAUGUGCAAGUCCUUGCUGACUGGGGCAUUCGGAGCUCGCCGGAGCAGAGCGGAGAGAAGGAGACCGAGGCAGAGAGGAGUAGAACACCACGAGGGAGCCAUGGAGAACCGAUUCAAAUAUGAGGAUUAUGAAAGAACUGCUGAAUGGCUUUUAUCUCAUACUAAACAUCGACCGGAAAUUGCAGUGAUCUGUGGUUCUGGAUUGGGGGGGUUGGCAGAUAGACUGACCCAACCCCAGGCCUUUGACUACAGUGAGAUACCCAACUUCCCUCAAAGCACAGUACCAGGACAUGCAGGGCGGCUGGUAUUCGGCUACCUCAAUGACAAAAGCUGUGUGAUGAUGCAGGGCCGAUUCCACACAUAUGAAGGCUACCCACUCUGGAAGAUAACAUUUCCUGUGAGGGUUUUCCGACUUAUGGAAGUACACACCUUAAUUGUCACCAAUGCUGCUGGUGGGCUGAACCCUGAAUAUGAAGUUGGGGAUGUUAUGCUGAUCCGAGAUCAUAUCAACUUGGCAGGCCUCAGUGGUCAAAAUCCACUCAGAGGCCCCAACGAUGAGAGGUUUGGAGAAAGGUUUCCUCCUAUGUCUGAUGCCUACGACCGGACUCUGAGACAGAAGGCCCAUAAAAUAUGGAAGGAAAUGGAGCAGGAACGACCACUGCAGGAAGGAACCUAUGUUAUGGUGGGAGGGCCCAACUUUGAAACCAUUGCAGAGUGUCUGUUUCUGCAGAGACUAGGGGCUGAUGCUGUUGGUAUGAGCACAGUGCCAGAGGUGAUAGUGGCCAGGCAUUGUGGCCUUCGAGUCUUUGGAUUCUCCCUCAUCACAAACAAAUCUGUAUUGGACUAUGAAAGCCAUGAGACAGCCAAUCAUGAGGAGGUACUGACAGCUGGGCGCAUGGCUGCCAAGAAGUUGGAACAACUUGUCUGUAUUCUUGUGGAAAACAUGUAGCCACCAAGUGAGAAGACUAUUUGACCCACAGGCUGCCUGGCUUCUCCUUUCCCUGCUGCCCACUUUGCAUUCCUGACGUGGUCAGCUUUGUCUCCUUGCUUGAGCCAUUUAGCUUUCUGUCCUUUCAGGUUCUUCCUAAUGGUACCUAAUUCUCUUAUUCCACUUGUCCCUUUUCCCAACACAGAAAGCUGGAUCAUUGCAUUGUAGUUCCUAUCCACAGCCAACAUCCUUCAUUCUACCUCCAGUAGACUCUAGGGACUAAACCCACUUUGCACUAAAGCUGCUGCUAAUAUUUUGAAAAGACUACUCAUACAUUCCUGGAGGCCUCAGUCUGCCAUCCUGUGACUUCUGAGGCCCUUUGGUCCAGAUAAGUGUGUGACAAACUUAGUACUAUGCAGGAAUAAAAAGACAGACAGAAAUGUUUCUGCCUUUCUGUGCUCAACACUUGACUGGGUGGGGACAACAGUUUAGGCUGUGAGAAUAUUUAAGUACGAUGAUGACAAAAAGUAGACGGGCUUUCUUAGACAAUAAAGAAUGAAUAUUUCACUGGUUGUAUAUUAGUAAGUUAUGCUCAGAACCUUCAACAGGACCAAUUUUUCUUUUACUUAGGCUGCUUUAAUUCAUUCAGCUCAAUUAAACACACAUAAAGUGUCACUGUGUACAAGAAACUGGUAGAUGUUGUCAGAUAAAGAGAUAAAUAGAAGAUAAUUUCCUAUUGUCAAAGGGCAUUUGGUGCAGCAGGGGGGCAAAAGAUAUAAAUGCACAAUAAAAUAUAGAAUAACGUUUUGGAACCAGGAAAGAAUUUGAGUUCACUCAGUCUAAUUCCUCAUUUUACAAAUAGAGGAAACAGAAGGAGGAAUUCAAAGUCUCAUGGCCAUUGAGCAUCCUACCUGUAGAAACCUGCAAGAACACAUAUAGAAAGGUAGGAAAAAUUCAAGGACCAGUGAACUAUCUCCUAUCUUAGGGUUUCUUAAGGAGGAUUGGAUGGAAAAGGCUAAUAAGUAUUAAAUGCCUGGCUAAAGUAUCUGGGUUCUAGUCUAGAAAAAUGAGAAACUUAAAAAUUUCCAGCAAGGGACAGAUGAGCGCAGUAAUGUGCUUAGUUCAUUAGGAAGUUGACUAAUAGCUGGCUAAAUUAGGAAAGGGAGAGACAAGUUUAGAGAUCAGUUUAAAAAUGUGUAUAAUCAACUGAAAUGCAACAAGCAUGAAUUUUAGCUGGUGACUACUGCUCCAUUCAAGAGGUGAUAGAGGUAAAAUCAUAAGACUUGCAACUAAUUUGGAGAUUAGGGGAGACUCAAAUGAUCCUCAAGAUUCCAGCCUUGGGAAAGUUGGAAAGUAAUGGCUCUGUUAAGUACAACUUAGGAAGAAUGGUGAAUUUUUACUGGGCAAGGGGGAUUGAGUUUGUUGAAUUUGACUUGAUUUAUGAUGUCUAGUUGGAGUUGUGCAGUAAGCAGAUAACAGAUAGAAAUGUAGGCCUGGAACUCAGGAGAUUUGUGAAUCAUUGGCAUAGGGGCCUAGGAGUAUAUAAAGCCAAGAAAGGGAGGUGCAGGGGUUGGGGUUGGGGAUGGGGCAAGGGAGAGUUUUUACAUUUAAGGGGUAGGAGAAUGAGUACCCAGUAAUCAGAGUAAGAUAAGGAGGAUGGUCAAAGGGGUCAGAUUUUGCAUAAGGACAAGGAAGGAUGAUGAGGCCUUACAACUAGGAGGUCAGUGGUAACUUUAGGAAAUAGUUUCACAAGAGUGAAUAGCAGUCAUCAGGGUCAUAGGUGCUUAGAUUAGCAAGUGGUGAGGAAGUAGCUAUACAAUGUACUUCCCUUCCGAGUUAAUUCAACUAAUAAACUAGGGUUCUGCAUUGUGGCUAUGGAUGAAACAAAGGAAGUAGUUUUCCGUUUCCCAGAUAGCCAUAAUGUUCUACCAGGGCAAAAUUGUGAAACUGAUCUGGCAUCCUUCAGCAGGAUUUCCCCCACUCCUGAUGGUCUUUGCCCCCAGGGCAACUAGUUCUCUCAUCCUACUUUAUGGCAGGCUAGAAUCUCUAUCCUGAUGCCUCUGCUUUCUAGCCAGUGUCCUAUAUUCUGACCCUUUUCUAUACAAACCAGACUUAUCCAGCUAGCUAUAGCAAAAGGAAAUGGUGUUUUUUUUUCUGGAUCAGGAUGUAUCUUUGGCUUUCUUGCUUAACUGCCCAGCCUGUGCUAUAUUGUCACUCUUCAUGGUGCCACCACCGAAACAGUGGCUUCACACAAUCUGUCAUUAGCACCUGCUUUUUCUCUCUGACAGAACAGACAGAAGUUCUGGUUUGAGACCUCCUUCUGCAUUUCUCUCUUCUGGAUAAGCACCCAACUAUGAUUUCUUUAUAUUAAUUGGAGAAAAGACUCAACUUUAGUAUACCUGUUAGGGUGGGUUAGGGUAAAGAGCUGGAUUUGGUCCAGGGACUCACUACCCUCUUCUGUAUCUCUUAAUCCCAUGACUCAGCUCUCUAGGACUGAUUUGGAACCAAUUAGCCUGAGAAUUAAGGACCCAAGAGUAUUUAGUGGCCUUUUCAGGACCAAACAUAACUUAAUUAUUAGCAAGUUUGUAGAAAGUUGUAGUGUGCCCUAAGAGUUGCAGUAUUUUAUGGGAUAAGGUCAAAGAGAUAGAGGAAGACAUGCACUCUAUUUGGAGUAUGUUGAGCACUUUAUGGGGUAAAGUGGCUACCCAAGUUCACUUUCAUUUGAAAGAAAUUAAGUCAUUUUAUGGUGUCCCAGCAACAUUAGUAGUCAAGUAAAGUAAAAGGUAAGGAAAGUAAAAAUUAACCCUGAAGGAGACUUAUAGGCAAACUCGAUGUCUCUAUUCUCAUUCUUCCCUGUGCUUGGAGUGUUCUGGGUAACAAUUCUCUUCCUCCUUUUUACCUCUUGAAGGCUUACCACUUUUCUAAAAAUGUGACCUCUUUCAGGAAGCUAUCCAAUAAGAAAUGAUCUUUCCUUGGUUCUUGAAUAGCCCUUUGUACUUGUCUUGAUGUUUUUAUAGAUUCUAUUUUGCACUAUAGUUUUGGAUAUUUCCUAUUUCCCAAUAUGAUUGUAAGCUCUAUGAGAAUAACUAUGCCUUAAUUGCAUUUUUGUCUCCUUAAUCACCUAAUUUAAAAAGUACUUAAUAAAUGGUCAGUGAAUGAAUGGAAAAUCUUAAUAAACAUGAGUAAUUCAAAUUUA